CCGGCGUGCCCGCCAUGGCGGCGCCCAGCGUGUUCCUGCUGGCCGUGAGCGGCGAGAUCGAGAGCGGGGAGUUCCCGGGAUUCGAUGACCUCUACUGCAAGUUCUCCUUUGUCUACGGCCCGGACUGGGUCCCCACGGCGGGCCUGGAGGAGGGAAUCUCGCAGAUCACCUCCAAGAGCAGCGUCUCGCCCACCACGCUGGUCUGGAACUUCCCCAUCGACAUCACCUUCAAGAGCACCAACCCCUUCGGCUGGCCGCAGAUUGUGCUCAGUGUCUACGGGCCUGACUUCUUUGGGCACGAUGUGGUCAGAGGUUAUGGAGCUGUGCACGUGCCCUUCGUGCCUGGCAGGCACAAAAGAACCAUUGCCAUGUUUGUCCCAGAGUCCAGCUCGAGGCUGCAGCAGCUCACAAGCUGGUUCACCGGGAGGCGCCCGGAGUUCACGGACCCCAAGGUGGUGGCGCAGGGAGAGGGACGGGAAGUGACCAGGGUGCGCUCCCAGGGCUUUGUCACCGUUUCCUUCAACAUCAUCACCAAGGACCUGCACAGGCUGGGCUACGACGUGGGCCAGGGCUCCCAGGGGCUGCACGGCUGCUGAGGGCCACAGGAGCUGCUGCAGCUCCAAAAAACUCCAGCCCGGGAGGAUCCGGGGCAGUGACCAAGCCUCGUCCUCUCAAAAGGCUGAAGUGCUGUGGAAAUCGAUGUUAUUGGCAACAUUCGGUGUUUUAUUGAUGAUUAUUGUAUUUUAUUCAGUGUUUUUAGGGGUCACGCUGUCUCAGAGUAGGGCCUGUAAUGAAAUAUUUUUAUAGCAGCCUUUUGUAUGCUUUUUUAUAGAAUUAAUGACACAGAAAGUUUCCAGAUGUAGCAGUUUAAAACUUUGCAAACCCAGUUUCUCUUUAGUGAUUCUUUUUCUGUUGCAAAUGAGGAAUUGAAAUUAUUGCACCUUCCAAAAUUGGUCCUGUGAAUUGCAUCCCCCUCUAAGCUCUUUUAGGCUGAAUAAACUCUGUUGUAUCAAUAGAUUCAUUUGUCUUUCUG